CCAUGGCGGGCAGUGACCAUCUGGAUGAGGUGCUGGCGGAGGUGGGCUACGGCAGGUGGCAGGUGCCCAUCGUGGUGCUCAGCCUGGCAAUCCACGCCAUGGUCCCGGUGCAUCAGCUGGGGUCCACGCUGCUGAGCUCUCCUGUCGACUUCCGUUGCCUCCGCCCCCGCGCCUCGCCCGCCCGCGCCGCCCACGACAGCGAGGGGAGUGGGUACCAGACAGAUCUGCCUGCCGUCGACCUGCCCGAGUUCCCAAGCCUCUGCCUCGACCCUGCCAACCUGUCAGCCGCCCUCCGCCCUGCCAACGCGACCGUCAGCAAAGUCAGCCUCACGCGGAUCUCCACUGGCAUACCGUCCUGCCCGGAGGUUGAAUAUGACACCUCCGUUUUCACCUCAACUAUAAUCACAGAGUGGCACCUCAUUUGCGAGAGGACAUCGUGGAGGACGCUGUUCCCGAUGAUGUAUCCCGUCGGGUCUCUGCUCGGGAGCGCCAUCGGGGGAUACUUCAGCGACAGGAUCGGCCGAAAGUUAACCUCCAGAAUCGGCGUCCUGCUCGCCCUGCCCACGUGCCUCGGGAUCACCGUGGUGCCCUGGUUCAGCGUCAUGUUGGCCAUGAAGAUGCUGGCAGGAUUUGCGGCGAUUUUCGUGUUCUAUCCGUGCUACAGCCUCGCCGCCGAGACGUCGCCGCCACGUCACAGAGGCUCCACCUUAAUGCUCCUCUCCUUGGCCUUCUUCGUGGUCAUGACGGCGUUCGGGGCCCUCGGCUACGUGGUGACGUCGUGGAGGGUCCUCUGGCUCAUCUGCAACGUCCCUCUCUUGAUCGCGGUGCCGAUGACCAUGUUGAUCGACGAGUCUCCCCGCUGGCUGAUCCAGAAGGGCUUCGGGGCAGAGGCGGCCGCGGUGCUCGAAAGGGCGGCGCUGAAGAAUGGCGUCCAGCUUUCAGACGGAACCAACUCGUAUCUGGAGAAACUCAAACUGCUGAGCGCGAGUUCCGGAGCAGCGGCCACAGGGGAUGGAUGCCUGUGCUCGUGGAUCUCGAAUGCCUUGUCUUAUCUCCGGUCGCCUGCCAUGCGCCUCGUCCUUGUGGUUACGCCCUUGGUCUGGCUCUUCCAGAGGAUGGUGUACGUAGGCAUCAUCCUCAGUGCCAACAACUUCACCAGUAACAGCCCCUUCGAGUUCGUGAUCAUCUCCGGCGGAAUAGGUGGGAUAACAGUCCUUCUGACGACGCCAGUCAUGGUGAAGCUCGGCAGGAAGACCAUUAUUGUUGGGGCUUUCCUCACCAGCACCGUCAUGCUGCUCUGCGACUUGGCUGUGCCCGAAGAACACUGGUGGCUCAAAUGGAUCCUCGUCCUGGGUGCCUUCUGCCUCUCCGUCGGGGCCUUCCAGGUAAACUACGUGUUCGCCGCUGAGCUGAUGCCGACGGUGAUUCGAACUCGCGGCUUCACGCUCUGUAAUCUCGUGGGCUGUAUCGGGGAGGCGCUCGUCCCUAUUGUAACGGAAGUGGUGAGUCGCUACGCAUGGUGGGCCUCCAGUGUGUGUUUCGGGAUCGCGGGCAUCUUGGCAAGUGUCCUGGUGACCUUGCUUCCCGAGACGAAGGGGAGUUCGCUGCCAGAGAGCAUCGCGGACGUCGAGGAGAGACACAACAGCAUUAAGAACAAAGACUCAGACAAAGACACAAAGAAAGAAAAGGGUGUUGUAUAAUAAACAGACAAAUAUAUAGAUAAAAAAAAAACAGUGAACAAAGGCACAAAUAUAGAAAAAGGUCUUGUAUAAUAAACAGACAAAAAGAUAGAUAUUAGAAACAGUGAACAAACAAAGACACAGACAAAGACACAAAGAUAGAAAAAGGUGUUGAAUAUGAUAAACAGACAAACAGACACAAAACAACAACAACAACAACAACAACAACAACAAGCAUAUAAAACGCUUAAACGAAGAGACAGUUAGGAAGAAUGAACUGUGUUGGUCUUUCCUUUUGGUUUCUGUGAUAACGGUUGCAGAUAAUACUCUUUCUGAUAUCCGUAAGAACAGAAGGAAGAUGCGUAACAGUAAAUAAUAAUAAUAAUAAUGAUAAUAAUAAUAACAAUAAUAAUAAUAAUGAUAAUAAUAAUGAUAAUAAAGGAAGACAGGAGAAGAAAUAAUAUAAAGGAUAUAUAUAUAUAUGAGUAUGAUAUAUGUCGUGUUGUGAUAUUGAUGCUAAAAUCAAUAUCUUAUCUUUAAAAUAUAUUGCAAAGAAAUUUCAAAAUGUAGCGUCUAUCAAAAGAUCAAAUAAAUAUGUAUAACCAUUUGUAAAGAAGAUAAUUUAAUGGGAUCUGUAAAAUGCAAUGUUUGCAUCCAAUUCGAAACGUUAUUAAAAAAAAAUUGUAAACCAGAAUGAACUUGUCAGAGCCAUGUUGAACAUCCGGCAAAUAAACGUGCAAUAUUA